CACCUGCUGCCAUGUGGAGGAGACCUGAAAGCGGCACAUGGCCCACAGUGUGGCGAUGGAGACAGCAGCAAUGGGAGAGACCCGUACAGCACCCUAUGUCAAAAAAAUGAAACACACCAGCAGUGUGUGAGGAGACCUGAAAGUGGCACAUGGCAGAGUGUGGCGAUGGAGACAGCAGCAAUGGGAGGCCGUACAGGGACCCAUGAGAGACUCUGGACUUGGCAGCAGCAUGAGGAGGCGGUAUAUAGGGCCCAUGGCAGAUUAGGGGGCCUGGCAGCAGCUAUAGGAGGCCCGUAAUCUGCCAGCACCCUAUGUCAAAAAAUUCAACACACCAGCAGUGUGAGGAGACCUGAAAGUGGCACAUGGCAGAGUGUGGCGAUGGAGACAGCAGCAAUGGGAGGCCGUACAGGGACCCAUGCAGAGACUCUGGGCCC